AGUGAAUAUCUAAUGUAACAGUCCCUCUGAAAUGAUCUGCCGUGCAAGAAAACUGAAGGUCUGCUUUUCUCACACCCUGUGUUUUAUCGUCUGGUGUGAAAUUGGAGGUGUGAAUAUUUACAGACUGACUACUUGAAUGCGGUGCUUUUGCUCAUGCCUGGAUACGUAGGCAGUGACUUCAUACUCAUUUUUCAGUGCACGUCUACUGGCCGUCGUUCUGGUAUAAAAAAUCGGAUAUAUCGCCAAGAAAAACGAAAAUACUAUCAUCUGUUUGAGCUGUGGACGCUUUGAAAAUGCAGGAACAGCGACGAAACGUGUUUUAUCACGGUGUUUGUCAUCUGCUUGCGGUGUUACUCGAUGAUUUUCUGUAAGAAUACGAUUUUUUUUCUUCUUCUCAAAGCCGUGGUGCGUUCAAUUACCGUCAUAUUGCUCUAAAAUGAAGAUGGGCUGUAUGGAAUGAUGGAGAGGAUGCACGCACGAUCGUUUACAGAUGGUAGGUUUCAUUUCGUUUAGUUAAUGGCCUAUUCAUUGCCUGCAUAUCUUAAUCUACUUUGGUACAUUAAAAAAAAGGGGGAAAAAAACGAUGAUUGUGAUUUGCAUAUAUUUGGAGGCUACUAGAUCUCAGCAGGCACUGUGUGAGUAGGUGUGUUUGUGUGUGUAUUUGGGGGGGUCAUAAUCCAAAUGCAGUGGUGCAUAGCUUUAGCAUACUGUAGAUAGUCUCUUACAUGUGGUGCACACUGACUGUAUAGUGCAGCUUUAUAUUCAACAUGUAGGGGAGACCGGGGCCGGCUGCAACGUUUUAUUUUCUUAAUUUCUCCCAGUUACUUUUAUGCUAUUGAGGCUUGAUCAGGCUUAUUUAAAUACAUUUACCUAUACAUCUACUAAUAACCUAAUCCAUGCCAAUGAUAUUGAUUUAAAUUUGAAAUGAACCCCACUAUAAGAGCAGUGAACACAAACAAAAACAUGAUCUUUAAAAUCUGAUCUUUAAUAUUUAAUUCAUAUAUAUUCAUUAAUUAAAGUGCAAUACUGUGAUUUUCACCUGUAAUGUUUUACAAUGUUUUCAAGAAUACCCGGCUGCAGACACAGCACAGCGUGCACAGUCGGACCUCAUCUGGACCAACUGCUUUGCUAAAGUUGUUCUUUAAGAUCCAAGGAGCAGUCUAGUUUCCAACUUAGUCUUUUCACCUAAGGUGAUUUUGACAGUGCAUGCACCUUCAGAGGUCUGCAGCCAGGUCCUUCUCAGUAUAUUCCACAUAACACUUUUUAUUAUUAUUUUUAAACAAACCUACCUAAAAUCAAUGUACACAUAAAAUUGAACACUAAAACGGAACACUACGGGUAAAAUUGAACACUUUGCAACUUCACAAAUGGAUGAAGCAUAGAUGUAGACAUUAAAUCCAUUGAAUCACUUGUGAUAAAACAUUAUGUGCAAGAUAAACAUGUCCCCUGUGUUCCUAGUUGGAGGAAGGUCUAACUGAGCAUGUGCAGAAUGAGUGCUAUCUCUCAAGAAUGAUUCUGACCAGAGGGAUAAAGGUCCUUACACACAGAGACCGUUUUUGUCAUGCGAUUAUUUCGGACGUCAACAUUUUUUUUCCAACCCGUAUCCUGUCAAUAGGAAAGUAAAUAAUUGUUUCAGCAGAACUUCAAAUUGUCCAACGGACAUCCCAAAAUAGGUUCUGAAGCGACCGUGGUCCAGUUUCAGCUCCUGAACCAAGCAGUGAAACUCACCAAGUUCUCUUCUUUUUUGUAAUAUUGGAUGCAAUAAUAUUAGACGCAAAUGUGCUACAUUUCUUAUUCUUUUGAGAAAGCAAAAGGAGUACCAAUUCGCCAUCACUUGAAGUUGAAGUAGACUCCAUUUUUGUCCUCUCGCUUCCACCCAGGACGCCGUAGGUUGUUAAGGGAAGGUCCUGCCCUGCUUCGCCUCUGAUUGGCUAUAAGUGCUGACCGUUUGGCUUGAGCGUGUGAUGAUGUUUCCAGCUUUUCUAGCCAAUCAGAGGUGAAGGAGGCGAGUCUUCCCCGGGAUGCGUCUAAUUCCCCCCGGAUAGUUGCAAAAUCGCAUCUGGCUUGAUGUGUAAAGUCAGGCGCGUCAAAAUUUGCCUCCGAAUAUUUUGUGAUUUCAAGUUCUAUAUUCAUGUCAGCCUCGGUGUGUAAGGACUUGUUGACUUGUUGCAACAGUUCCCAUCUCCCCCAUCUCUUAUUGCACCGUGUUAGUCCAGCUGUACAUUUCAGUCAUGUGUGAAUGAAUCAAAUACAGACUAUCCUACAGUGUAUUAGCUAAUAUUUGACUGUGUCCCUUGUAGCUCUCUACCAUGGUGGCAGGAACAGCAGAGGCAAAAGAUACAGUAAACAUCGCUCUACGUAAAGGAAUAAUGUUGGAUUUGAAGACUUUGGGAUUAUUAUAAACCCUGGAUGAUACAAUGAACACCACUGUAACACCAUCAGACCUGGUAGAUGCGCCACGGCAGCAGAACUUCAGCGGCACCCUGGGCGGACAGAAUCUGUCAGGCUGGGCCGUCAUCCACACCGCCACCUUGACCUUCUGCUCCCUCCUCCUCAUCUUCAUCUUCCUCCUUGGCUCCUAUGGCAAUCUCGUGGUGUUCUUGUCCUUUUUUGACCCCAUGUUUCGCAAGUUCCGCACCAACUUUGACUUCAUGAUCCUCAACUUGUCUUUUUGCGACUUGUUUAUUUGCUGCGUGACCGCUCCUAUGUUCGCACUCGUGCUCUUUCUGGAUGCAGGCGGAGGGGACGGUGUGUCCAAGAGUUUCUGCUUUGCUUUCCACCUGACCAGCUCGGGGUUUAUCAUCAUGUCCCUGGAGACGGUGGCUGUCAUUGCUCUCCACAGACUGCGCAUGGUUUUGGGGCAGCAGCCUAACCGCACAGCCUCUUUCCCCUGCACGCUGGCCCUCACCGCCCUGCUGUGGACAUCUAGCUUCACCAUGGCUGCCCUUCUCACCAUGCGAGCGUACCCACGCAGAGAUGGACCUUGCUUGCCUCACUUUGGCUUCGGAGGAGGAAAGGCCAGGGUAGUGUUGUAUGUUUACUUGGCAGACUUUGCUUUUUGUGUCGCUGUGGUGUCUGUGUCCUAUCUGAUGAUUGCUCAGACACUGAGGAAGAAUGCGCAAGUAAGGAAAUGUCCAGUUAUCAGCGUAGACGCCACAUGCCCUCCACCUCCACCACCUCUUCUCGCAGCAGGCUUUGAGAGCAUGCAGUGUGCGGUCCCAGGUCCCCCGCUGUAUCGUAACCAGACGUACAACAAACUGCAGAAUGUUCAGACUCACUCUUACGCCAACAAAACCAGCCAGCCUCUGGUUCCAGGAGCUGCUCAAGGAGCGACCUGCUGUCAGCUGGUCUCUACAGUCAACCUGGCCACAGCCAAAGACUCUAAGGCGGUCGUUACAUGUGUUGUGAUAGUGUUUUCUGUGCUGCUGUGCUGCCUGCCCAUGGGAGUCUCACUUGCACAGGAUGUUUUGUCACCAGAGAGCAGCUUUGCACAUUACCAGUUUGAACUGUGCGGUUUUGUGCUCAUUUUUCUCAAAUCGGGAAUCAACCCCUUUGUGUACUCACGCAACAGCGCAGGCCUCCGCCGCCGUGUGCUGUGCUGCAUGCAGUGGGCGGCUCUGGGUUUCCUCUGCUGCAAGAACAAGACUCGUCUGCACGCAAUGGGGAAAGGAAGCCUGGAAGUCAAUCGCAAUAAAUCCUCCCAUCAUGAGACCAACUCGGCCUACGUUCUGUCUCCCAAGCCACAGAGGAGGCUGGUGGACCAGGCUUGUGGGCCCAGUCACUCGAGGGACUGUGCGGGGAGCCCAAAGGCCACAGGCGCUCGUAAACCUCGCCCUCCGAGCACCUCGACGCCUAUCAACACCCGCAUUGAGCCCUACUACAGCAUAUACAACAGCAGUCCGUCUGCAGGGCCAAGUUCGCCCACCAGCUUGCAGCCCGUCAGCUCUCAGACAUUUGCAUUCGCCAAGUCGUACGUAGCAAUGCACUACCACACACACCAAGAUGCGCUGCAAGACUUUGAAAGCAGCUCAGUGCAUCAGAUUCCCAUUCCCUCAGUUUGAGUAAAGAGCUGCUGACGGAAAGUUUGGACCACAUCUCCAUGACUUUGAGUCGAAAAAAGGAACAUAAAAGCAACAUUUUAUGUAUUUGGACUCUGUAUAACCUCUUGUUCUCUUCUGCAAUGGAAAUACAUGUCACGUUAUCUGAAGUGGGAAAAACUACAGGAGCAGAAUUAUUAGCCUUGCCAUGUAAACGAAAACCAAGCAAUAGAGUUGUCAUGGAAGUGUCUGUUGCAAAAAUGUUAUUUACUUACUAUAAUAGAGACGAUAUUCCCACGGUAGCCAUGUUCCUCUGUCGUCACAGUCAGGGUGGAGAGCUCAGAUGCUGUGUCCAAGGUUAGCAUCCACUCCAGCUAGGCUUAAACACUAUAUAACUAUAACAUUAUUCCUAAUUGAAUCAUAAUUUAUCAAAUGCCAGUUAUAAAAAAUGCUGAAGACAUCUGAAGGCACUUAACAAAAGAGCAGAUCUAGACUUUUCUAUUUUUACAGAGACCUAACAUUUAUCCAUCAUGAGUAAAACAUGUUGCUACAUUUAGCUAGCUGUAGCAGCGAGGGAAAGGUCAAGUAGAAGCGGCCGACUGCUGUGACUGUGUUGGGUCUGCAGAGAGAAAGAGGGACUUAGAGAAACACCAGCAAAAACAAAUAAAACAGGCGACUACAACACCAGCAACAAUGGAAAAACUGUUGGCAGGAACAGCGAAGUAAACCUAUAUACAAUUCAAAGAAGCACAAAGGAAGCAAAUUAGGAGUCCAUUCCCGAUAUGAUUCCAGCAACACGUCCUAAAAAUUCAACGAAUCAUCUCUGGAUUUAUGCCGAGCAUUUUUAAAUUGCUGAUCAGAGUGGAAGUGGUGAAAUCUUAACGUUGAGCAAUUGAGCGUCUCCAUCCUCACUGUGGCGUGAGAGUAAACCAGCUGCCCUGCGAACGUGGGAAACCAAUUUAAUGACUUGUGUUACAGAAACUGCAUUUUGCAUAAUUCUGCCCCAGUGUUGCACAAGCAUGUGCUGAUAUAAUCCAAACUUCUGUGGGCUUUCACUGCAGCCAGACUGCAGCAGCUGGUGUCACUGCUGUGCCGCUUCCACUCUGCUGGAAGCUCCCUGAGCUCUGAUUUCGGCUGCUGUGGGUUUUUGCAUCGCUGUGGAAGUCCCACACAGGCCCACACAUGGCUGUCGACGGCAUGAGGUUGCACUUUUGAUGGACUUUUGCUUCUUAAGAGAAAUGUAUUUGUGAACAUCAUACAUAAUACAUAAUAAAUGUUUGGCAAGUGCA